AGAAAAUGUCAAAAAAUGUCCUGUGAUUGUCAGCCCGUGACGAGUGGAAUUACUCUCCAGCAGUUGCUCCGAUUGGCAAACCAUCAAGUUUCAAGUGAUCUGAACUCCGACAAACCGAAAUGUAUGGCUUUCUGGAAAAGAUCAACUAUCUUAGAGUUUUCAAACAGCCGAAUCGAUUUUCAUCAAACAUGGCUCAGAACUAUCUUGACAAACACACUGUCGUUAGAAAAGGACGCAUGCAAAUCUGAUCAUCCGAUGGGGAGCUAACACCCCUUCGUUUUUGCAUUGGAGGAUAAAAUCGUCAUCUACACACACGAAAUAUGCAUUUCAACAAAAAUUGUCAAUGAUGAAUUACUUGUAUUUUGUCAACUAUCCAUAUUAAAGAGC